AUAGAACAAGAACUCAACGACAUCUUCAACAAGCACCCAGAUGCCCACGUAAACGAACAAGGAGAACUCGUCGUCCCCGCUGACGCUCUCGUCGAUGUAAUCCGCUCCUUCUCAGACCGCGACAACAGCGUCGAACUCCUUACAGAGUCCGAAACCGAAAUGCUCAAGCAGCUCCUCGACUCCAACCCCGGCAUCCAGGUCACCCCCAACAUGCUCCUCCAGUUCGUUGCCGCGCGCACGAAGCAGAGCCCUACCCACCAGAACACCGAAUUUGACCUCUCUCCCCCGCACUCGCCAAGGAUGGGGGAUGACGACCACACCCUGCCCUUGCGCGGCCGCAUGCCGACGCGCGAGGAUGACGAGGAGUUUGAGCCGCAAUCACGAUCAUCCAGCAAGAGUUCUACAGGGACCUCGCGUGCGCAUAGUCGUCCUCCCUCUGCGACGCCUCAGACCCCGACUUCUGGCAAUGCAUUCGACAAGCGCCAACGCACAACCCCGCUCACCAAUAGACCACCUUCUAGCUGGCAGCGAAGGCCAGCACCUGCUAACCGACGCAGGUCAUCCAGCGCAAUGAGUGACGAGGAGUCAUCCGACACCUCUUUUGGCCAAACUUCAACGCCCGGGUCGGGCCGCAAGAGCCGUCGCCCGUCUGGCUCCUCGUCCGUCACAGCCAGCCCCAACUCCGCCGGCACGUUCUCCCCUUCCCCUAGCACCGCCGCCACCAGCGCAGGCUCGCCCUCCCCAACAUGGGACCGCAAGUCGCGCUCACGCCCGCACUCGCGCACGCAGUCAUACAACCCUUUCACCAUCAACGUGCCCCCGUCGCCCGAGCACGGGGAGCACGGGGACCACUCCUCGUCGGACGAGCCCGGCUCGCCGCUCGACCAGACGCCGGACUCGUCGUUCGAGUACCCGUCGCAUGCGUCCGGCAACAGCUUCACCCGCUCGCUCGCCGAGCAGGUCUCGUCCCUCCCCAUGCCCCGCAUGAGCGGCGACUCGGAUAAUGACUCAGACGAGGAGGACGAGGUCGCGGCGGGGCUGGUGCUGGACCGGUCGACGGCGUCGAGCACGGUGUCGCUCGAGCCCCAGGAGCGGCUCGAGGCACUGCAGAAGGCGAACACGGACAUGAGCCGGAAGCUCGCGGAGGCGGAGCGGACGCUGCAGAAGAAGCUGCUCGAGCACGAGCUCGAUAUGGAGGAGAUGCAGAGUAAGCUGGACGAGCUCAAGAGUGAGCUGACGGCCACGAAGAGGGAGGAAAAGGAGUUGAGGGCGAAGGAGCGCACGAACUCGACGCAGCUUGCUUCGCUUGAGCAGGAGGUCGCGAAGCUGAAUAAGGCACUGGACAACGCGCGUACAGCGUACCAGAGCUUACAGAAGCAGUACCAGGAGCAGUGCAACGAAUCCGAGCGGUACCGCAACACCCUCCGCCGGCGCGACCAAGAGAUCAAGGACAUGCAAGACGCCGCAGGCCUGCAACAGAUCGAGCAGCAGAAGUGGCUUCGCGAGCGCGACUCGUACGACUCGCGCAUCGCCGCGAUGGAGGAGGACCUGCUGAUGGCGCAGCAGGCGCACGCGCAGCUCGACGAGCAGAAGCAGGAGAACCUGAUGCUCAAGGAGACGAUCGACCGGCUCCGGUACGAUAUGGACGAGAUGCGCAACAAUGCGAGUCAGGCGGCUGCGGCUGCGGGCGCGGGCAGCCUCAGUGCGCGGAACUCGAUGAGUAAGAGUUUGGGCGCGGAGCUGAUGAAGAUGAAGGACUGGGGGAUGCCAGUUGAGGAGGAUAUGAUGCAUGAUGUGGGCCACGAGGGGAUCGAGGUGGAUGUGCAUCCCGAGGAGGACGAUGGGGAUGAUACGGAGGGUGAGGAUGUGGUUGAGCAUCAUGUUAUUACAAGGACCAAGAGGAGGAUCGGCGGGCGCAAGACGGAGACGCUCAGGGUCACGGAGACCAAGGAGUAUACCGAGGUUGCUAUUCAGCACGAGCCCUCGCUGUCUACGUGCGAGAUCCAGACGGACCCUGAGCCACGACCGGUCUUACGCACGAUGGACGUGCAGACGGAUGAGCCCCCUGUCACGCCGACUGCAUCCAUGGAGAUCCAGACGGACGAGGAGCCCAUCACUCCCACUGCGUCAACGGAGAUUCAGACAGAGCCGGAGUACAUUCCACCGCCGAAAGUCACAGCGAGCAUCGAGAUUCAGACGGACGAGCCCGAGCCCACGUCGGAACCCACGACGUCUGACGACGAAGAGACUCUCACAUCCUCAUCUGCGACGGCGCUCCCGCCGACUCCGAAGCAGGCGGAGAAUGACCUCCCACCGUCAUACAACCAGGUCGAGGAGCAAGAGACCGAGGAGGAGCAAGAACAGCGCGAAUGGCGCGUCGUCUCGGACACGCUCAAGAAGUUCCACCGCGGAAUGCAGAUCCCGCUCGACGCACUCCCGCAGGGCAUCUCCGAGGACGCUGUCGAGGAGUGGCGCGCGCUCAAGGAGGAGCUCGGCGUCGAGUGCGCGGUGAUCGACAAGCUCGUCGAGGCGUCGCCCCGUACCGGCCGCCCGCGCCGCUCGUCCUCCAGUGCGAGCGGCUCCGCGCCUGGCCGGAGCUCCCGGCGGAACAGAUUCUACAACAUCUAUAACACGUACGUCUAUGGUGCCUCGAAGGAUGCUUCGGAUCCAUCCUCCGCAUCCAAUGGCAUGGGAAGCACGCUUGGCGCAGCGGCGAAGCAGCUGCUUGUGGGUGUCGGCGCGUCCGCGUUCGUGUUCCUCGCGAUGAGCCCCUAUCUCUCUCCUAACGCCUCGUAUGCGAACCACUAUGCGGUGCCCGGCGGGCCGACGUACUACGACCGCGCCGCGUGGUCCGGGUUCAACAGCAUGCAGCCUGCUGGCGAAGGGUUCGGGUUCGACGGCACGGCGGCGCUGUGGAACAUCAUUGGGCGGGUCGGGGUCGGUGCGGCGAGGAUCGCUGGCGGGUUCCCGACCUAGGGUCGCAACGCGUUCAAAACUUAUCCAUCCGACGACCUCUUGACGACUGACUGGCUUCUGGAUCGCUCACCAUCCCUGCUCAUUCGCAGACUCGUCUCGACCCUCUAUGCCUCUGCUCACCUAUGCCCUUGCACACACGCCCCUAUGUCUCCCCCUUGGUCCCUUCACUUCGCAUCUUGCAUCACCCCACAAAUCUCGCAUCCACACACCGCACACCAACAUCAAAAUACAAUCAACGACCUUGGCAUUGUACAUAGUUGCUCCUUAUAUUCGCCCGUACCAUCUCGCUCCGGUUUGCUUCCGCUGCUUAUUUGGCCUCCAUUUGCUCGCUUCUACUAACGCCUAAUCACCUUUAUGACCCCUUCAUGCCCAUGCUUCUCCUUUUCUCCUUUUACUUCAGGUCCCAUAAACAGCAUAUCUAAAUAAGCCUUCGCACUCGCGAAGCCCACGAUAUGCAUUUGCUCAGGUAUAGUUAACUGUCUAUGGUUUUGUUCCGUUCGCCGCGUCCCAUUUUGCCUCAUUUCCUUUCUGUUUCGCUGGUUUGACAUUUGACGUCUGACGUUCUACAUACAUACAUACACAGGUUCUCGCGUCCCUUAUGUAUACCAACCUAUUCCAAGCUCUUACUCAACCCCC